AUGGUCAAUGGACCCAAACCCCUUCAGAUUGGAGGUGUCUGUAAGGCAGAAGUUCGCAUCGUUUCUGCCAUCAACGCCAACAAACCACCGUCAAUGCCCCAUACAUCAUCGCCACUGGGGGGUCUCUACAUAGCCUCCACGCUCAACCACCUCCAUCGGCAACCCCGCUCAAAACUACCUGCCACGCUCUUGGCUCACGCAUGCAGAACCGGCUGGGUUUUCGCCAACUCCUUGCAUCUUUCGUUACCUGCUUCACUUCUGGAACAUAUCCUUAACCUCGAGUAUUGGCAAUACCUCAUAGACCCGACAUAUUCGUUGAUCAACCACUUGCUACACCCCUUUGAAAGGAUGCUUGCAGUGCUGCGGUUCAUGCUAACAAAAGACCUCAAAUUCGAUCACGGCAAAGCCUGCAAACCCUUCAACUCCGUCCUAGGCAAACAUUUCCGCACCCACUGGGACAUAUCACCUGCACAAUUCCCCAACCCCGACUCCGACCCCCCUUCAACGAUACCCAAGAGCCGACCCUCCUUCGUCUCCGAGACAGCUGGUGUGCAGAGUGCAGUCAGCUCGAGCUAA